GCUUGUCUCUUCCUCCUGUUGCACAUCCUCCAGCCCCAAAAUCUAUGGAGCAAUCGCCUGCACUCCCCCUGCCACCCUGUGACACACCCAGCACUUACUAAACAAGCAGAGCCCUGGACUUAUCUUCUGGAGACGGGUAGAGCAGUGUGCAGCAUGGGACCCAAGUCUUCCUCUGGCUUCUAUCUGAGCAGGACGUCUGCUGCCCUGCUGGCACUGCUGCUAGCUGCCCUGCUCCUGGCACUGAUUGUGCUGGGAGCUCUGUAUGCCAGGACUAGAAGAGCGGAGCUGACAGAGGAGCAGACAGAAACUGCCACUAUUAACAUGACAACUACUCCUUACCUUUUAACUUUGCCUCCAGAAGCCACAGGGCGACCCGGUAUAUGGGACAACCCGAUGCUGCCCCCUGACCUGGUGCCCCUACACUACGACCUGGAGCUGUGGCCAAGGACAGAGCCAGAUGAAAAGGGUAACUACCGCCUGUCUGGGCAGGUGAGCAUCACCAUCAGCUGUGUGCAUGGCACAGACAUAGUGCUGCUGCAUAGCUCCAAUCUGAACAUUAGCCGGGCACAGCUGGCACCACUGCCAGGGAAGGUUAAUUUCAAGAGUCAGCAAACCGACAGCAAACAGUCUCAAGUAGGACUGAAAGUAAGUAUCACAGCCAAACUCUAUGAAGAAGAGCUGUCCCCACACUUACAAGACACGAGUGCCCACUCCCCUGAGCAUGGGCAGAACAUUGGCAUUGCUAACCUGUGGUAUUCUGAACUCCAUCAGUACCUGGUGCUGGAGCUGGAGAGGCCCCUUAUAGCAGGGGUUCUGUACCUGCUGCAGCUGGACUAUCAAGGACUCCUUAGUUCUGACUACUCGGGACUCUUCAUAGCACAAUAUAAAGACUUUGACCAAGACAAGGUCCUAGUUGCAUCAGAACUCGAGCCAACAUCUGCUAGGACAGUUUACCCAUGCUUUGAUGAACCUGCACUUAAAGCAACUUUUAAAACUAGAAUUGUGCAUAAUUCAAGCUACGUGGCGUUAUCUAAUAUGCCAGCUAUAGCCAUGUCUGAAAGGGAAGAUGAAGAUGGAAUUAAAUGGACUGUUACAACAUUUAACACUACUCUGAAAAUGUCAACAUAUAUAACUGCUUUUGUAGUAUGCGACUUUGAUUACAUUUCAACAACUGAAAGGGGCAAUGAGAUAAGAGUUUGGGCACGAAAGGAAGUAAUAAAGAAUGGAUAUGCAAACUUUUCUCUGUAUAUUGUGGGACCAAUUCUCUCUUAUAUGGAGGAUUUAUUAAAUGUCACAUAUCCUUUACAAAAAACAGAUUUAGUAGCUAUGCCUGACAUUGGUGUGGCUGCAAUGGAGAACUGGGGAUUAAUUACUUUCCAGGAAACCUCCUUGAUGUAUGAUCCCAAACAGAAGUUCAGCAAUUCGAAGGCUUUGACAUGCUUGAUAGUUGCUCAUGAGAUAGGACACCAGUGGUUUGGAAAUCUUGUUACUAUGAAGUGGUGGAAUGACAUUUGGCUAAAUGAAGGAUUUGCCUCUUACUUUGAAUACAUUGGUGCCAGUUUCAUUGACCCUAAGCUGAAAUUGAAUGAGCUAUUUAUGAUGCACAACUUGCUAAAUAUUUUUGAAAGAGACACCCGAGCAUCUGCAAGAGCUGUAUCAGUCAAAGAAGAAGAAAUUAAUAAUGUGGAUCUUAUAGAACCAUUAUUUGAUGACUUCUCCUAUAACAAGGCAGCGGCUUUAAUUCGAAUGGCUUCAACCUUCCUGACAGAGAAACUCUUCCUCAAAGGGAUCAGCUCAUACUUGAAGAAAUUUUCAUUCUCAAAUGCUGACCAGGAUGGUUUGUGGAAUCAUUUACAAAUGUUUAUAGAUAACCAGGAUGAAGUUAAAUUACCAAUGCCAUUGAAAGACAUCAUGGAUUCUUGGACAUGGAAAAAAGGCAUACCUCUAGUAACCCUUAACACGUCUACUGGAAUGUUAAGUCAAGGAGUGAUGAAGAUGAGCAAUCAUGAAAAUACCACCAGUGAUUCUAAUCAUACAUGGAUUAUUCCUAUCACUUGGAUGAAAAAUGGAGUUCAACAGCCAUCAAUAUGGCUAGAUACUAAGACAAAAAAUGUCCCAGAAAUGAAGACUACACGUGAUGGUGAAUGGAUUUUAUUAAAUAUUGAUGUCACUGGUUAUUACAAAACAAAUUACGAUGUCAAAAAUUGGAACAGCAUCGCGAAGAAGCUUGAAGAAGAUAUUGGGCCUCUGCCAGUUGUUAAUAGAGUACAGAUCAUGGAAGAUGCAUUUGUAUUGGCAAACGCUGGUUACAUAGAAUAUGAGACAACUCUCAAUUUAACAAGAUAUCUGGAAAAUGAAAUGGAAAUCCUGGUGUGGUAUAGAGUUUUGAAACACCUAAAUAACUAUAAAAGGUCACUGGUUACUUAUCACUCUUUUCCACUAAUAAAGAAAUAUAUUUUGAAAAGGCUGAACCCAAUAUUCCAAAACUAUGCAAGCAUCAUUCGCCAAAAUUUUCAUGAAACUGCCGAUGAUAUCUUUGUUCAUACAGGAAUAGAUGAAAUUUUUAAGACUGCAUGUUUUCUUGGAUUAAAAGAUUGUCUUGAUCUGGCAAGUGAACUCUUUAGAAAAUGGAUGGCUAACACUUCCGCUAAUGAAAUACCGCAAUCUAUUUCAGGUUCAGUUUAUUGCUAUGGCAUUGCAGAAGGAGGUGAAAAGGAAUGGGAGUUUGCUUGGAAUUAUCAUAACAAAUCAGAAAGUGAUGAUCAUUGGGGGCUGUCCUUCCUCAAACAGGGGUUGAGUUGCUCCAGGGAACCAUGGCUGUUGUAUCGGUACUUGAAGGAUAGCAUGAAUAGUGAUUCUCAUAAUAUGUUGGAUGUCUUGUUGCAUAUGUUUAAGAAUGACAUAGGAAGACAUAUAGCUUGGGACUUUUUGAAAGAAAACUGGCACCAACUAAAUGACAUUAACAUGAAAGACUCCAAUCAUUUUUAUGAAGUGUUACUACCAGACUUAGGAUCAAAAGCCACUUCUGAGCUACAGUUUCAAGAGUUGGAGUUAUUCAUCACAACUACCAUGGAUGAAAGUAGUAGAGACAGUGAACUUGAAUGGCUGCAAGCAAAAAAGAAAGCACGGUUAGAGUGGAUAAACAUUGUGAAUACCAGAAUUAUUGACUGGUUACAGAGGAACACACUGGAUUCAGAUUUCUGAUGUAAAUCAUUUAUAAUGCAUUAUCUGAGAUUUUGUAGCCUUUUUCUAAAGAUUAUUCUCAUAUAUAUAAAAAUUUCAAUUAUAUUUUGCUUAGAAAGCAAAAUUCUUGAUAUAUAUUUUUUUACAACAUGUGAGGAUGUGAAUAAACAUGUGCUGAUCUACAA